AUGAAUGAAAUCAAAGAGAGUCUACGGAACACUGAGCAGACGUACAAGACCUUCCAGCAACAGCAGUUCACCUUCAUUGCCGCUCUGGAACACACCCGAGAGAAUGCCCACGACAAGAUCAAGCCUGUGUCUAGCAUCGGGCAGGUACAGACCUACAUGGAGCACCACUGCAAUAACACGACCGACAAGCGCAUCCUUCAGAUGUUCCUUAACAUCUGCAGCGAUUUGAGCAAACUGUGCCAGAGGCUAGAGUCUCUGCACCCUGGGAACAGCACAACCAACGCCCUGCUGGAGAAAUGCAAAAUGCUGGUGAGCCACAGCAACGACCUCAGCGCCAUCCGAGCCAAGUACCCCCACGACGUGGUGAACCACCUCAGCUGCGACGAAGCCCGGAACCACUACGGGGGCGUGGUGAGCCUCAUCCCCAUCGUUUUGGACUGCAUGAAGGAGUGGGUGGCCCACAGCGAGAAGCUCCCUCGGAACAUGAUUCAGAGCGCUCCAUAGCUCCGGCAUUCUUGCCUCCUUCUGGAAGAUGCUCCUGAAUAAAGCCAUUUCCCC